UUUCUCACAGUUAUUCAGACGGAAUCAGAACAGAAUCACGUUACAAAGCGCUUAAUUCAUUAAAAAUAGUCUUUAAAAGAUGUACAAAAUUAAACUAAGCAGCAUUCUUGUAUUCACAUUGAUUUGUUUGGUGUCCGCCAAAUUUCUUGCUGAAAAACCUGAUUUUAUAACACCUUGCAAGCAAGCCGAUCCCAAUUACAAACAAUGUGUAGUUACAAAUUUCCAGGCAUUUUUCGGGGAAUUUAAAGAUGGUGUUCCUGGCCUAAAAUCUGUCGGUCCAAUUGAUCCUUUUCGCAUUAAGCGUAUUUCACUAGCGGAAGAUGCCAGUCGUAUAGUUUCCAUAAAUAUUGACUUCACCAAUGUGGAACUGCACGGUCUUCGAAAUACAAUUAUCAACGAUGCUGAUUUUGAACUCACAAAGUUGGUGAACAAAAUGACCAUGACGGUACCCGAAUUAAUAAUGACCUCCGAUUAUGUAAUGAAAGGACGAAUUUUGGCCUUGAGUUUGAAUGGAAAUGGUAAAGCUCAAACUAAAUUAGAAAAUCUCAAGUUAAAUGUCAUAUACAAAAUGAAACUGCGUGAAGAAAAUAGGCAUAAAUUCACCGACCUAGAUAAACUGCGUGUGGAAGUCGUCGAUCUUGGUCGGCUGCAAAGUAAUUGGGAAAAUCUCUUUAACGGACAACGAGAUUUAGAAGAGUCCGCAAAUGCUCUGUUCAACGAUAACUGGAAGGAACUUUUUGAAGCACUUAAACCAUCGUUUACAUUGACCGUACAAAAAGUCCUGGAGGAUCGUUUUCGAAAAUUAUUCGCCUACAUACCAGCAGACUAUUACUUUGAAGAUUUGUAAACAAGCUUCUGCAUAUAAAAAUCGAUUUUUAUUUUCCUUGCCAAAUCGUUUUUAAUGAUAAAAUACAAAACAAAAUUAAUAUUUGUAUUAUUAUUACUAAGCUCUUCAAGUUGUCACGUUUGUAAAAAAAAAAACAUAUUAUUUUUCUAUUAACAAUUUUAUUAAAUAAUUCGCUGCAAUAAAAAUGUUGUUUAACAUCUGAA